ACUCGAUAGUAGAAAAAUCCCAUUUUAACCAACUCUCUUUUUAUUCCCAAAGGUCCCAGUGUCUUCCAUAUUGCAUCACCAGGAGUAACUUUCCAAUAGAAACUCCAGCAAAGCUGCUUCCUCACCUGGCACAAAAGCAAUUUUUCUUCCCCCCCCCUUGAGAUGGACAGUCCAUCAGACAAAGCUGUUUCCUUACCUUGCACUCCAAAGGGCUAUGGAUCCACAGGUCCUCUACAGAGCUCAGGGAAAAAGGUCAUGAGUGAAGCACUUAAAGAGCGAUUAAGGAAAACAAGAUAUUCAUUUAAUUCCUAUUACACUGUGGCAAAGCGUCUCAAAGUGGACACUGAAGAAAAUGUCUGUACUCCAGAAGAAGCAUCAUCUUCCAUGGAAGGAACCUGUGCCAGAUUUCCAGAAGCACGUGAAAACCUGAAAAAAAAUUUUGAAGAAUGUACACAUUUGAAAAAACGCCUCGAGGAUGGUGAUUUUGAUAUCCCUAAAUCAACUGGCAACAGUUCUGUACCACAGAAUUCUCCACAGACUAUUUCUGCUAGCGGCAACCUCACUAAACAAGACCUCCUUGAGGCGAAGGUGGAACUGGAGAAACAGGUACAAGAGAAAGAAGAGCUUCUUCGGAGAUUAAAACUGGUCAAAAUGUACAGAUCAAAGAAUAACUUGUCCCAGUUGAAAUCUCUGAUCACAAAGUGGCGAAGCAGUAGCCAGUUGUUACUUUAUGAGCUGCAAUCAGCUUUGUCUAUGGAUGGCAGGAAAUUAAGCCUUGCGCAGUUGAUAGACAACUGUGGAUUAGAAGACAAACUACUACAUUACAAUAGGACUGAAGAAGAAUUUACAGAGUCUUGACCUGGAUUUAAAUAUUUUCAUGAGUUGUACCUUUUUGAGAAUCUUGGUUAACUUAGACAAUGCUGUAGGGAAUGUUUAAGCCACCAUCCUAUCCUGGUUUGGAAAAGAGAUCUGUCCUGGUAAAUUUGAUUUAGAUCAUCUUAUUACAUAUGUUUGGUUUUGAAACUAUUUUGUGUUUAAAUUUGUUAUUAAAUAAAAACGUGCCAAAGAUGUUUGUUCA